GCGGCACGUAUGCACCUCCAUUUUCUCUCUCUAAAUUCUUCCCACCAACAAACAUUCUUUCUCUCUCUCUCACACACACAAACACUCUCUCUAGAAGUAUUGUGCGAGAAGGAUUUACAGAAAGCUUCAUAUUCAUAUUCAUGGCGGUUCAUCAAGCAAAUUGUUCUUCAUUUUUUCUUCCGUUCUUCACUCUACAUUGAAUCUCGUUAAAACAUCGCACUAUCUGCACGUAUAUUAACCAGAUCUCUAGGGUUUCGAGGUUAGCUAACAGUGAAAAUGGAAACUUAUCAUCGCAAAAGAUCAAAAAGAUCCGCUAUUACAGCUAACAAUUAUUGUACACCAAAUGAAAGCAAUCUUGCCUGAUCAUAAUCAAAUAGGAGAUAAUGAGCUUGAAAAGGCAAGAAACAAACAGCGUACUAGACGGCGCACAAAGACAAUCACCACCUUUGGCCAGACAACUACUGCUUGAUGCAGAUUAUGAAGUCCCAGAUGAAGAGAUUGAACUAGGCUCUGUGUACGAGAUUUAUCACAAAAACCUUCCUCUUAGAACUCCUUGUCAGCUGAGGUCAACUCGUGUUGUUAUGGUAAGUGAGAAGACUGAUUUGAAUGUUGCUAUAAGGUAUCCAAGCAUGCUAUCAUUGCGAACUUAUUUUAGCAAUGGAAUCACGGAGAUGUAUCCUGCAUUAGAUGAGAAGUUUGUAAUGGGAACUAAGCUUGCAAGAAAAGUGCUUUUGCGGCAAGUCCCAUCUCAAGAAUUUGCUGAAAAGAAGCAUUUGGAAGGUUUUUGGCUGGUGAAAACAAACAGUCAACUUGGGUCACAUUUGGGUUUGAAAAUUGAGGACAUUGGAGUAGCGAGAGAGCUGAAGAACAAUAUGAUAAGGUGGGGGGUUAGAAGGCAGGUUAUGUUCAUUGGGAGACCCAAAGAGUCCAGCAAUACCCAAUCAUCUUCAAGCUUUGUUCAAGGUGAAGAAGAAGUGAAAACUGAACAACAAAAUAGCAAAGAUGAAUGCCAAGAAGAUGAGGAAGUUGAAGAUCAGGAGGAGAAUGAUGAUGGACCUGAAGAUGAUAGUCUUGAAUGUACCAGGAUUUUGAGAAAAAGAAAGGGUAAACAAGUGAAACACUUAUGGCAGACAAAUAAAAAGCCUAUGAAGCGAUGCAGGAAGUUAGUAAUCAGAGAUCCAAGUGAUAGAUGGUCCAAAGAAAGGUACAAGGCUGCGGAGUUAAGUCUUCUAGAAGCAAUGAAGGAGAAGAAAGCAAUGAUUGGGAAUCCAAUUACGAGGCCUGCGCUUCGAGUUGAAGCGCGUAAAAGGAUAGGUGACACUGGACUAUUAGACCACCUGUUGAAGCAUGUGGCAAACAAGGUGGCACCUUGUGGCACAUUGCGGUUUAGAAGAUCACACAAUGCCGAUGGUGCAAUGGAAUACUGGCUUGAAAGUGCAGAUCUUCUUAAAAUCAGGAAAGAUGCUGGAGUGAAGGACCCUUUCUGGAUUCCACCACCUGGUUGGAAGCCCGGUGAUUCUCUAGUCCAAGAUCCCAUUGUGGCAAAAGAAAUCAGGAAUCUCCAAGAAGUAAUUUCAAAUAUCAAAAGGGAUUAUGAGGAGGAAUUAGGAAAACUGAAAAGGGAGGUCCAGGAGUUGAGUUUAAAGAAGGAUGAAAGUCAAGCUAUAGUGGUUUCUGAACAAGUUGACCCGGUUUCUAAACAACUAACUGAAAUCUUUAAUUAUAUGUUUGAUUCAAAGUCAGAAACAAGUGAGGCACAUAAGGAUAAAUGCAGCAAGGUCACUUCAGAUUUCCUAAAGAACCUACAGGCAUGGAUGCUGGCCGAGGUUGGUAAACAGACAACCCAGAUGAACACACACAGCACAGAAUUAAUUACCACCACAGUCUCUGAUGCACAAAAGGAGUCAGAAAAGCUAAAAGCUGUAGCCACACUAGCAAAAGAUGCGGGGACUGAAAGUGGUCGGAAAGCAGAGGGAAAAGCAGCCAAAAUAGAGAGGCUGAAAAGUGGGUUCAAACUUUUUAAACCCCAAGGCACAUUCCUGUGGCCAAAUAUGGUAAACCCCAGCAGCACCACCACAUCUUCUAUGUCUUCUCGUGUUGAGGAUCUGCUUGUGGUCCCAACUCCACCCUCUGUUAACUCCUCCACCCCACCCCACCACCACCACCAUCACCACCACCUUACCCUUGUACCACCUCUUAAGCCUGUUCCCUAUAGACGCCCACUCACCGUCACACUUUCAGAACCACACCCCUCCACCACUAUCAAUCUAAAUGAUGUUCCCACUAAUCCCUCUUCACACCGGACUUUAAACUACUAAUUGAAUGGUCAGUUGGAGAAUAAGGAGCCAAAUUUUGAAGUAUGAUACAAGAGGAGGAGCUAGCUCAGGUGGCACCAUGGGUAAUCUUGUUUCUUGUUAUAGGUUAAAGACAAUUAGCUAGCUAGUUAGCUAGUUAGUAGUAGCUGCAUGCAUAUCUCAACAACUACCAAAGUUGGUUUUUGGAUCCUAAACUUUAGUACUACUAUAUGUCUGUUAAUGGAAGAAGCUAGCACAUCAUUCAUUCAUGUGGCAUGUAUGUAAAUCUUCUCGGUUGAUGCAAAUUAAUGGCACCAUGCACCCACUGAUUCAACGUCCAAA